AUGUCCCUUGCAACUAAGGCGACACCUUUACCGGGUUCUAAAAACAUUUCUCUCUUUGUGGAGGGUAAAGUGCUUUAUCUCUUCUGCGAUCUCAGCAAAGACUUCGGGCAGAGCGCCUCCGGCAAGACAAUUAUUAUAGGCUCUUCCUCUGGUAACAAACAAUUGGGCAGUUCGAACGCAUUUAUCGGGCUCAAUUUAUUCACGAAAAGCUUGGAAAAAAGAAAUCUAGGAAAAGAUGGUGUGGCUGAACUAAGAACGGACGUGUUUCAAGAGGUUGGACAAGGGUGCGCCUGGCGUAUUGAGGAAGAUGGUGUGACGUUGGUGAUUGAGAUAGACUUCGAAAAGACGUCCGAGAGGCCGGCUUCGUCUGGCAACUCUUUUUUGCUCGCCUCAACUGGCGGCAACAAGGUGGUUGGUAAGACCGGUAUUAUGUGUGGUCUUAACUGUUAUCGGCCCUCUAAUGCCUCAUUCGCCGUGGAUAGGAUCGGUGAGUGUGGCUCAGCAGGAACGCAGCUCACGGUGGGCGGUACCGUCGACCUGGAGAAUGGCUUCUCAGUCCGUUAUUUUGCAGAGGAUAAGGCAACAGUGUUAUUCGAGGGCACACUUAGUGAUGAGAGUCUUGCCAUGUCACCAUGCGUUCUGGGGGGCACCACCCUCGCGCUGCACCUGGGUCCGCCCAAGGAGAAGCGCGCGCGUGUGGAAAAGCAGUCGCAGUCCACCGACGCAGCAUCAGCUACGAAUGGAAAAAGUCAGGAGGGCGUGCUAAACAGUGGUGAUGAAGAUGGCAAAAUUCGUAAUAUGGUUGUGUUGUGUGACAAGCUAGAUAACGAUGUGCUGCGACUGAGUGUCACCUUUGAUCCUACAAAGUCGUUUGGUCGCUCGUCGUCGGGGAAGUCGGUUACGGUGAGCACUUCUUCGGGAUUCCAACCAAUCGUGUUGAACGGCAGUAUGGUGUGUCGCAUCCAGUUCAAUGCGUAUCGACCAGCGCCGCCACUAAACGAGGAAACGGUGCGUGAUGCUGUAUUCCGAGUCUUGAGGACCAAACCCGCAUCAAAUCUGGGCGAUCUUUCCUUUAAACGAGUUCUUCAAGAAAUUCGAGAGGAGUUAGGCCUUCGUGAGGGUCAGGAGGCGCUCAUCAAAGAAGAAGCUAAGGCAGCGGUAAAAACUUUCUUGGAGGAAGCGUCGCAACAAGAUAAAAAAUAGUUAUGUCUUUAAUGUUGUUGAACUUUCUUGUGCAUGCUCAUAUUAAAGGAUCUACGGUGUCGUGUAUCGACAGAUAUUGAUUAAAGAUGGUACCUUGUUCU